GAUACCCCGUUAAACCCUAACGAACAGCAAAAAUAUGCUUGUUUUCGUUUCCAACCAUGGCGGAGCUGGACGAGUUGGUACUCGCCUCAUCUCUUGGAGACACUGGAAUAAGCUGCUGGGAUUUGCGUUCUGGAUCAGAGCUGCUCCGUUACUGUUCCUGCUCUUCCUCAACCCAUAGCCUCGCCUCUAUCGGAUGUCGAUUCCUCGCCUCAUCUCAGCUCCAAGAUUCUUCUUCUUCCACCCCUUCCCUUCUCUACUGGUCCUGGAACAAGCCUCAGCCAGAGGUUAGAAGCUUUCCUGUUGAGCCAAUCAAACCUGUUGUUUCUAACUCAGACGGCACAUAUAUUAUUGGUGGAGGGUUAUCCGGGCACAUGUUCUUGUGGGAGGUGAAUUCUCCAACAGUUUAUGUGCAAUGUUUGAAAUGUUUUCUUAAGAAGUGGCAUGCUCAUUAUCGAGCUGUCACUUGCUUAGUAUUUUCUGAUGACGAAUCACUAUUAAUUUCGGGAGCGGAGGAUGGACACAUCAAAGUUUGGUCCCUUUACAGGCUGUUUGAUGAUAUGGGAGAAACAAUGAACCAAAGUCCCUAUGAACACGUCUUUUCAGAACAUACUUUGCACGUGACUGACAUUGUUGCUGGUUAUGGAGGAUGUAAUGCAAUUAUCUUGUCUUCUUCGGAGGAUCGCACGUGUAAGGUUUGGAGCUUGUCUAAGAAGAAAUUAUUGAGAACCAUUGUGUUCCCUUCUAUAAUCAAUGCGGUUGCACUAGACCCUGGGGAAUAUGCAUUUUAUGCCGGCGGUAGGGAUGGCAAAAUAUAUAUCGGCGCACUUAGUGCUGAAAGCUCCCCAAACAGCACUUAUGGAAUGCAUAUCAUUGGUUCAUUAUCUGGUCACAGUAAGGCUGUUACUUGCUUGGCAUUUAGCUUGGAUGGAAUUUCACUAAUAUCUGGAUCUGAGGAUGGCACAUUUCGAGUUUGGGACAUUAAAGCCCGUCAUGUCAAUCGUAUAUUCAAACAUGCAAAAGGUCCUAUCAAUAACAUCCUUGUACUUAGAAAGCCACCACCCUCAAGUCCUCAGACAUCAAGAAAUACACAAGGCUCUGUAUCUAGGAGGCAUCUAUUGUCAACAUUACCGCCCCCUCUGGAUAAAUAUAUCAAUUCAAUGGAUGGUGAUGAUGGCACUAGGGUUGUUAGGGCAGUUCUUGCUCCUCGUGACGAAUCAUUGGAUAGUCAAUUCCUCAGUUCUCAUGUGAUGAUAAAUCAAAUCAAAGAGCUUCAGCAACAGGGUUCUUCAGCUGCAACAGAAGUGGAGUUGGAAAGAUUAAGGGAAGACUGCAAAAGAUCACUGCAAAUGGUCCAAAAGUGGAAGAAAAUGUAUCAAGACUUGCUUCGUCUCAGUAUAAAUGAGCUGUUGGAUGAGGACCAAAAGGGAGGAAAUGCCUGAGAAACAGCUUCCUCUUGCUGUCUGAAAAACACAUGUGUAGCCCGCCAAUUACAUUGUGUUGGUAUUAAUUGCUAUGAUCUGGCCCUCACUAAUUUAUGGUACAUUCGGAAGUACCCAUGUUCCGUCUGAGUCGUGCUUGAUUUCUGCCCACUUCUUGAGUGAGAUCAGAAUUGGCAGGAGUUGUUCUUGCUUCACUGUUGAUUCUGGGUAUAAAAAAAAAUCGAGGUCCAAUGCAAUGGGGAAGUGCACAAGCUGACCUUUUCGGGCCACUCCAAACAGGUGGAAGGAUAGCAACUUUGUCUGCAGUCUCGGGGACGUCCAAAUAGUACUUUAUUUAAGAAGUGCAGUUUUCAUUUUCUUCUCCUUUUGUUGAAUGGCGUCAAAAGAGGACUAGUUGAAUUUAUCAAUUUUGUUAGAAAAGCAUGAUACUUCUGCAAUUUCCUUUUUGAUAUUCUUUUAGAUGUUUUAAUUAACUCAUUCCCUUCCCAUGAAAUCUUGCUUUUGUACCAGCAUGAUACUUCUGCAAUUUUGCUUUCAUUCCCUUCUCAAUACUUCUGCAAUUUCAUGCA